AUGCACCUUUCCACUGCCCUUCUGGGCCUUGUUGCUCUAGCUCAAGCCUCCAAAGAAAAGCCAAAGUCAUACGAAUACAUUGUCGUAGGAUCUGGACCUGGUGGCGGUCCUCUUGCGGCUAACCUCGCGCGGAGUGGUCAUUCUGUCCUCCUUAUUGACGCCGGCGACGAUCAGUUUGGCAAUGAGAAUUCUCACAUGGUUUACAACAACACACCCGCCAUCAACGACCCCCUCACCAGGUGGGACUUUUUCGUCUCUCGAGAUACACCCGAGAUCGACGCUCAGUACGAAUUCACAACCUGGCGACAGACCAAUGGCGAGUUCUACGUCGGCUUGGAUCCCCCUCCAGGUGCCAAACGUUUAGGCAUCUACUACCCUCGCGCUGGAACCAUUGGUGGUUGCGCCAUGCACAAUGCCGCCUCUCUUGCGCUGCCUGCUGAUGCAGAUUGGAGAGAUAUUGUCGCAAUCACCGGCGACGAAGGCUGGUCUGUCGAAAACAUGCGGAAGCACUUUAUUCGACUGGAAAGAUGCAACUACAUUCGCAAUGGAAGCGACCCAUCUCACGGAUUCACUGGUUAUCUCGACACUUCUCAAGCAAAUCACGACUGGGCCCUCAACCGAUCGGACCUCACAACUCUUGCUUCCUACUUUUCCAACUCCCUUGGAGGACUCGAGACGGGAAAGUCACUGUACGAGCUGCUUGGCCGUGACAUAAAUUCCAACGACCCCAAUAGGGACGAGUUUGUUGGUGUCAUCACCCCGCACACUAGUUCCAGAAAUGGUGUGCGGUCAAGUCCGUUGAACUACAUCCGUGACACUCUAGCAGAUGCUAGGCGAUAUCCCCUCACCGUUCAAACACAUACUCUCGUUACCAAAGUUCUCUUCUCGGACACACAUGUUAAGAACAAGCAGCCAAAAGCCAUUGGCGUUGAGUUUCUGCAAGGUCAGAGUCUCUACGCAGCUGACCCACGCCACAAUCCGCAGUCCAAGGGCGUCAAAGGUCAAGCCUUUGCUACCCGGGAAGUCAUCAUCGCUGGAGGUGUCUUUAACUCACCUCAAAUCCUCAAGCUGAGCGGCAUCGGGCCAGCAGCCGAGUUGAAAAAGUUUGGUAUCCCCGUUGUGAGGCAUCUUCCAGGUGUCGGCACCAACGUCAACGACAACUACGAGGCCGUUCUAUACGGAACCUUUGCCAAACCCGUCACUGGCUACUUUGACUUUUUCUACAAAACAGCCCUGGCACUUCGCGGUCGUGAUCUCCAAUUCUACUGCGGGAGUAUGAACUUUAUCGGUUUCUGGCCCGGCAUGCCAGGUUGGAACAGGAACGAAUUCGAGUGUGGCCUGAUGCAGCUUCACCCACGAAACGUCAACGGCACCGUCAAGCUUCGAUCCGCAAACCCCAGAGACGUGCCUGACAUCCAUCUCGGUUUCUUCUCAGAAGGAAAUGACGGUGAUUUGGAAUCAAUGGUCGAGGGUAUAAACUUUGUCAGACCCUUGUUCAAUAACCUAACCGACAACACCUUUACCGAACUGCGACCCUGCGCUCCUGGUGUCGAAUGUACUAAUGAUUGGCAAAAGGGUUACCUCCGUGCUCAAGGUCAAUCUCAUCAUGCCUCUGGAAGCUGCGCUAUCGGAUCAGACGACGAUCCCAUGGCUGUUUUGGACUCCAAGUUCCGAGUCAGGGGUGUGCGAAACCUGCGAGUUGUGGAUGGGUCUGCUUUUCCUGUCCAGCCUGGUGCUGUGCCUUCGCUGUCUACGUUUAUGAUUGGGGAAAAGGCUUUUCAGGAUAUUAUUUCUGGUCUUUAG